AUGUUGACUCGAUGGUAUUCUCUUCGACAUCGAGAAACACCUCCGCAACAAAACACUUCAGAUCCCCGAACGCUCGCAAGGCCGUCCGAUUUUGACUUUGCUUUCCCCGAGACAACGGCUACCACAACUGUUCUGAGUCCCACCGGCAAGACUGUGCUGAGCGCACGACCUGUCCCUCACCGUCCUACGACAUCCGGCGGUCCUACCGGGAAGAGAAAACCACGAACUGACGCUCCGCCGCUGAGACCGCGAACCUCGGAGAAUCACAAUCACUCGAAGGAUGCUCAUGCCGAUGUACGAAACCAAGAUCCCUCGAUAGGCCUUGCUUUCGGUAGCCCAACUCACCCUCCCGCGAACUUCAACAUGGCGGAGGAAAACAACCGCAAUAACGAUCAUGAAUAUUCCGCCCUGCAGCGCUUUAUACGUGCUGACCGCUCGCUUCAAAUGCAGAGCAAGAAAUGGAAGAAGAUUGGCACCUUGUUCAAGUCGCGCCAAAUCGCUCUCAGGAGGGAAGAAAUUCCGUCUGGGCCAACGAUAGGACUUCCGACCGGGUUCACCGUGCUGGACAAGAGCCCUACAAGUCAAAGCGUGGAAUUUGCAGAGCAUAAACUACAGCCGAUCGGGGAGGUAGGGAAGUCUUAUCAGCAGCAGCAGGCCCCGGUGCCGCCGAACGAGAACGAUCCGGGCUGUGCUUACAAAAAGUCUUCUUUGGAAAGGUCCCAUCACCACAAGUCUGACGACGAUGCGAUCUCUCGACCUUCUACCGCGACCGACGCCAGCUUAUGGAGUGAACCGGACUCGCGGCCGCCCCUUCCGAAACUUGAGCUCGACAUACCGACUCCUCCUCUCGACCGCUAUAGUGUAAUGUUUCGCAACCUCCCAGCCGCAACACGAUCGUCGUCGCUUCUCGCAAGGCGCAGUAGAACCCUAGAAAGUCUGAGGUCUUCUGAUGACACCCGACCAGGUACCAGGGCCGGCGAAGAGGAAGGUUGUUUGAAGACAUACUACGACCCUGAAACGCCUCUUAUGCCUCCGCAGCGCCUCGACAGCCCGACAAACCGGUCCCCUGCUGCGAGCAAAUACUCUUUGUUCCCAAACACAUCUCCGGCGCCUAGCAAGAUCCAGGCUCGGGUCAUGGAUGAUGGCCACCACCAGUUGAAACGAACCGCGAGCUCACCGGCACGGUUAACGCCCAUGAAGGAUCGCUUUUUGGUCGCCAAACCGGAGCCCUUGAACCCGAAGAGGAUCGAGGUGAAUGAACAGCUGAUCAGUAGCCCCGAGGACAACACCGCCUCGACCGAUCGUUCGGCGCCUUGGAGUGCAGCUCACUCGUUCCAAUCGUCCAUCUCGUCCGUCGCGACCGGUGAAGAGAUAUUCUUCGACAUCAAGUCAUUCCGAGACUCAAAGGGAGUAGAAGACGGGCAUUUUGUCAUGACGAGACCGGACUCGGUCGCAGUAGAAUUAGCACGGACAAGGUCCAAGAAGGUCGCAGGGGCGAGUAACCUCCGAGAGGCCAAAUCAGCUGCACGACCUGACCAACAAGAAACGGUGGUCGAGCAGGAGGAGCCACGGACACCGAUACCACCACCCCCGGCACCAUUGUCUGAGAUGACAUCCGCAGCAACGACAAAGCACACGUCGGUCAACACGGCAUAUUUCGACGAAGCCAUCGCCGCAGUCGAGAGGCUCACUUCACCCACGUCUAUGAGUCAGGAGAAGCUACCACCCAUCACGUUUACCGUGCCGACACUCACGAUUCCACCACCACCACCUCCUCCUCCUCCUCAGCCUGAGGAGUCCCCGGCCCAGCCAUACAACUCGUCUAGUAGACCUUCAGACUCUGGCGUCAUCAAUCGCACGAUGAGCAAAACACGAGAAGAUAUUGGCCUGCUGAUACCAUCUCCUGUCGCCGAAGUCAAAGAAGACCUCUCUCCCAAAUCCGACGCCACAAUCACAAAACCGCCUUCUCUCGCGUCGUCAGCGUCAGUGGUGUCAACAAACUCUACUUCGAAACUUUCGUCAAAACCCAAACCCGUUCAGAUCCUCUCGCCUCGCGUCGUAGCCAUCAGACGCGUUGACAAACCUAUUGACGAUUCACCAACCAUCCCACAGGGGCCACCGAGUCCGCCGCGACGAGCUCCUGUUGCCCUCAAACCUCAAACAACCGCACAUGCACCACCACGACUCGCCACUGGUCCCGCGGACGAUAAACCUCCUCCCGUCCCUCGAAAGGAUUCCAAGUUCAUUCCUCUGUCGAAAUACGCGACCAAAAGCACCGUGACCAAGAUCGAACAAGCGGGCAUAAAACCCACACGACCGGGUCGGUCUAACACUGACUCACUAUCCCAAUCACACACCUCGUCGACCAGUAACAGUCCGCUUCCCGCCCGUUCCGCCUCGACUCUGGUGCGUGGUUCCCGAUCCACGACACUUCCGUCUUCGUUACAAGGGUUGGAAAAGACGGUGCCACCGGCAUCCAGACCCAAACCGAACCCGAUGGCCAUGAACCCGCCGACGUCGACGAGCCACACCGCAGCCCCUGAAGUGGCAGUCGCCCGGACCGUGUCGUUGUCUCGAAAACAGAGCGCGAGGGUCAACGUGACGGGACCGAGACUUGCCGCUCGUCGAACCGAAGCUGCGGUGCAGGCGCAAAUGUCGAAAGUGUCGAAAACCUCAUCGACAUCGUCGACAUCCCCAUCAUCAAUAGCCGCGACCGUGGGAUCCAGCCUGGAGCGCUCCGGGAGUAAAUCCGGGAUGGGCAUCCUGGGCCACCGCCGCAGACAAAGCGGGUCCAAGUCAUCGCAGUCGCAGUCGACAAGAGACCGGAUCAAGAUCAUCAAGCGCGAACCGGACUCGAAAAAGGUCAGGGACGCCGAAAAACAAAUGGUCAAGGAGGCCAAAAAGUGGGAGAUUCUGGAACAAAAGGCCUACUCGCCCGUCGUGGUACAGGCGGAAAGAGGUCACAAACCUGGUUUGAGUGUCGGGUUGGUCGUUGAGAGUAUUUGA